AUGGUAACAAUUCUCAGCCCGAUGCUGAACCAAGAUGAAGCAUCGGCCAAAUGGGACGAGAUCAAAACAUUCAUCGCCAACCGAGACGGCGAAAUCACCGCGGAGCAGAUUUGGGGAACCCGCCGGCUGGCGUACCCGAUCCGGAAAGGGAACUACAAUUUCCUGGAAGGAGCGUAUUACCUCAGCACGUUCACCGUGGACAAUUCGUUCAACCGGGAGCUGGAAAAUUAUCUGCGGCUGGACGAGCAGGUGCUGCGGUCGCUGAUCGUCAAUUGCGACGGGCCGCUGCCCGACAAACCGGCUCCUGGGCCUUUGACCGCCCCGUCGCGGUACAUCCCGCCGGGACGCGGACGGCGGCAGGACGGUGGCGGACCGGUACCGGAAGCGGCCGGCAGUUUCUCGGAUCGCCGGCCAAGUGGCGCUCCCGGAGUUCUGCCCACGCCGGCACCGAGUCCCGAUGCUCCCGCCGCUGGGGCGGCAACGCGAGAAGUUGCCGAACCGGCAGCGGCCGCAGAGGCCAGCGCCGAAGCCACAGCAACGCCCGCUCCUGCUGCAAGCACUGAGCCAACCAGUAGCACCGAGCCAACCAGUAGCACCGAGCCAACCAGUAGCGCUGAGCCAACCAGUAGCCAGCCAGUAGCGCCGAACCGGCCGUUAGCGCUGCCCCGACCGCUGAAGCGGCGCCGGCUCCUGAGCCGGCUGGCAUUGCUGAACCGAUUGCAAACACUGAGCCAGCCUCCGAAGCUGCACCAGAGCCCGCGACACCCGAGCCCGCGGCGCCGGAGACCGAGCCGACUACCGAAACCGAUGGGGACGCCCAGGCGUAAUAGGUUCCAGUGA